AAGGCAGCCAGGAAGAAGCUGAGAAGGGAGCGGACGGAUCAGAUAUGGGCAUCCGAAAAGUUUAGGCUGCCACCAUGGGCACCGCAUCCUCUUUGGUCAGCCCAGGUGAGGUGAUUGAGGAUGGAUAUGGGGGUGAAGGUGGGGAAGCCUGCGAGAUCCCGGUGGAAGUCAAACCCAAAGCCCGACUCCUGCGCAGUUCCUUUCGCAGAGGACCUCGGGUGAUUGGGGCCAGUUUCAAAUCCACAGGUUCUGUUGAUCUUGAAUAUGCUGCCGAGUAUGAAAGACUCCGUAAAGAGUAUGAAAUCUUCCGUGUCAGCAAGAAUAACGAGAUAUCAUCCAUGCAAAAGAAGGAAGCCAAACUAGAUGAAGAGAACAAGAGGCUGAGAGCUGAGCUACAGGCUCUGCAGAAGACCUACCAGAAAAUCCUUAGAGAAAAAGAAAGUGCUCUUGAGGCAAAGUACCAAGCUAUGGAGAGGGCUGCCACUUUUGAACAUGACAGGGACAAAGUAAAACGACAGUUUAAGAUUUUCCGUGAGACAAAAGAGAAGGAGAUUCAGGAUCUUCUGCGGGCUAAAAGGGACUUGGAGGCCAAACUGCAACAGUUGCAGGCUCAGGGCAUCCAAGUCUAUGACCCAAAUGAUUCUGACUCAGAUGACAACCAAACCACAGUCACUGCUGCUGGGACACAGUGUGAAUACUGGACUGGUGGUGUGCUGGGAAGUGAGCCCUCUAUGGGCAGCAUGAUGCAGUUGCAACAGACCUUCCGAGGACCCGAGUUUGCACACAGUUUGAUAGAUGUGGAGGGACCCUUUGCAAAUGUGAGCAGAGAUGACUGGGAUGCUGCAGUGGCCAGUCUGCUUCAGGUUUCCCCUCACGUGCCCCAGGCCUUAUGGAGUAACACAGUGCGCUGCUACUUAAUCUUUACCCAGGAGACCAAAGCUGAGCUGGAUGUCUUUAUUAAGAAACACUCUCCUGUAUUGCGGAAGAUGUGUGAGGGUCUCGGCCAUUUCUACCUGAAUAUCUGCUUCCCAGAGGAAAGUGCUGCCUCAUAUGCUGUGGAGCGCAAGCAGGAGAUUGAAAGGAGCUCUGUGUGUGUGCUUCUUCUCAAAUCUACUGUCACUAGCUCUGCGGUGGAGGAUUGUGAGGAAGCUUUUGUGAAGAAUCCAGAUGGCCAUCCACUGGUGCUCUACCUCAGGACUGAAGAAGAUCACAAUUUGACUGGGCCCACCAGGCAACUGCUAGAAAGGGUCAAUGCUGCAGACAAGGCUGCAAAAGUCAAGGUGGUGGAUCAUAAUGGUUCUGCAGAGGAUGGUGCUGACCUAAUAUAUGCUCAGCUGGAGAAAGUCAUCAAACAGGAGUUGCUGGGUCUUGAAGGAGCAGAAGUUGACUCCAAAGACUCUGGGAUAGAGGAGGGGCGUGAGGAAGACUCUGGAGAUGUGCUGUGGGACCUGCAUGAUGAACAGGAACAGAUCGAGUCCUAUCAGCAGGCUUGUAGCAGCACCACCUCUCAGUUAGGCUUCCAGAAGUAUAUUGAUCGUUUGAAUGACAUGAUAGCUGCUCCCCCUCCCACCCCUCCUCUGCUGGUGUCUGGUGGUCCCGGCUCAGGAAAGUCUCUCCUGCUCUCCAAAUGGAUUGAGCUGCAACAGAAGCAGUCCCCCAACACCUUGUUCCUUUAUCAUUUUGUUGGUCGCCCACUUUCCACAAGCUCAGAGCCAGUUCUCAUUAUCAAACGCCUCACAGUCAAACUGCUGCAGCACUUUUGGUCUAUUUCUGGCUUGUCCAUGGAGCCCAGUAAGAUCUUGGAGGAGUUUCCCCGCUGGCUCGAGAGGCUCUCAGCACGCCAUCAAGGAAACAUCAUCAUCAUCAUUGACUCCAUUGACCAAAUACAGCAAGCGGAAAGACACAUGAAGUGGCUGAUCGACCCUCUACCUGUCAAUGUUAGAGUGGUGGUGUCUGUCAAUGUUGAGACAUGUCCUCAAGCUUGGAGGUUGUGGCCCACACUCCACUUGGACCCGCUGAGUCCCCGAGAGGUCAGGAGUGCUGUCAAUGCAGAAUGCCAGAGCAUGGAUCUCAAACUUCCUAAGGACCAGGAGAAGAAGCUGGAAAGGCACUGUCGCUCUGCAUCAACCUGCAAUGCAUUGUAUGUGACACUACUAGCCAGGAUGAUCACCAGCAGUAAAUCAUGUUGGUUACUGGAGAAGAGCAUGGAGCAGUGUCUGCAGUGUCAGGACACCAUGUCACUGUACCGCCUGGCACUCAAGAUGACGCUGAACUCCCUCAACACAGACAGAGAGCGACACAUUAUUAGAGAGUUACUGUGCCUUGUAUGUGCGAGCCAUAAUGGAGUGAGUGAGUCAGAGGCACUAGACCUUUUCCCAGAGCUAGAGUUACCUGUCCUGUCCUCUAUGCUGUACUGUCUGAACAGACUCUGCAUUGUAACCCUCCGUUGUGGGCUCAUCAGGUUCCAACACCUGCAGGCUUGGGAAGCUGUGAGGUUGGAGUUCCUGAGCGGAGGAAGCAGCUCUGCUACUUACAGAGAGAAACUCAUCCAUUACUUCAGCCAACAACUCAGCCAGGACUGUGUGACAUGGCGUGUCGCAGAUGAGCUUCCCUGGCUGCUCCAACAGCAGGAGGACAGGACUAAACUGCAGCUCAGCCUCUUGAACCUGUUUGUCUCUCAAAACCUUUACAAAAGGGGCCAUUUCUCCGAGCUUCUGGUCUACUGGCAGUAUGUGGGCAAAGACAAAAGCUCGAUGGCCAGUGAGUACUUUGACUCCCUGAAACACUAUGAGAAGAGCUGUGAGAGUGAAGACAGCAUGACCAAGCUGGCAAACCUGUAUGAGACUUUGGGACGUUUCCUCAAAGACCUGGGCCUUCCAAGUCAGGCUGUAGCCCCUUUACAAAGGUCCCUUGAGAUAAGGGAGACAGCUCUGGAUCCGGACCAUCCCAGCGUUGCUCGCUCCCUGCACCAGCUGGCAGGGGUUUAUGUUCAGUGGAAGAAGUAUGGCAACGCUGAGCAGCUGUACAAGCAGGCCCUGGAGAUAAGUGAGAACGCCUACGGUGCAGAGCACGCCAGCGUGGCACGAGAACUAGAGUCACUCGCCAUGCUCUAUCAGAAACAAAACAAAUAUGAACAAGCAGAGAAACUCAGGAAGAGGUCAGUGAAGAUUCGUCAGAAAACUGCUCGCCAGAAAGGUCAUAUGUAUGGCUUCACUUUGUUGAGGCGCAGAGCCCUGCAGUUGGAAGAGCUGACUCUGGGUAAAGAUUCCGCUGACUGCGCCAAGACACUUAAUGAACUGGGUGUCCUGUACUACCUCCAAAACAACCUGGAUGCAGCCAAGGUUUUUUUGACCCGCUCUCUGGAGAUGCGUCAGCGUGUCCUCGGUCCAGAUCACCCAGACUGUGCUCAGUCACUCAACAACCUGGCUGCACUGCACACUGAGAGGAGGGAAUAUGAGACAGCUGAGGACAUGUAUGAGAGGGCACUGGACAUCCGCAAGAAGGCCUUGUCCCCAGACCACCCCUCGCUGGCAUACACACUCAAACACCUGGCCAUGCUGUAUAAACGCAGAGGGAAGCUGGAGAAGGCUGUGCCACUGUACGAGCUGUCUCUGGAAAUCAGGGAGAAAAGUUUCGGGCCCAAACACCCCAGUGUGGCCACAGCACUGGUCAACCUGGCUGUAAUAUACUGCCAACUGAAGAAGCAUAAUGACGCCUUGCCUCUUUAUGAACGAGCCCUGAAAGUGUAUGAGGAUAGUUUGGGGCGCUCACAUCCACGAGUCGGAGAGACUCUAAAAAACCUGGCUGUGCUAAGCUAUGAAGAAGGUGACUUUGAGAAGGCAGCAGAGCUUUACAAGCGUGCAAUGGAGAUUAAAGAGGCAGAGCCAUCGCUGGUGUGUGGAAAUGCCCCAUCCCGUCAUUCCUCCAGUGGGGACACAUUCAGUCUGAGGGGACCUGCUCCCCUCCCACACACCCCAAGGUAACUGUGUUCAGCCCAAAUCCCUAAUCCCACAACAAACGGCUCUAUCAUAGAGUAGCAUCAAUACAAAAACCCAUGGUUUCAUCAUAAAGGGAACCAUCGUGGUCAACACACUGUGACUGUCAUCUGGAUGGAGGUUUUAGGGUUUGUUCCAAUAUACUGUACCUGCCAGCAGGAUUAUGAAGUCUGCCAUAUUAGUCUGUGAAACCUGUGUAUUUGCCAAAAGUAUUUAUUAAUAUUUCUAACAUAAUUGUGUGUAAGAAGCGUUGAACUUGUGUUAAAUGAAACUCAGGUUAACACUAAUUUUAACUAAGACUGAAACACACCUGUUUACAUGCCCCACAGUGUAUAUUGUCAAAAUAACCACAGAGAUUCCUUUGCUGGCUUGAAAUCACUUCAGCCAGGUUUAGCAUUUUCGAAUCUGUAACAGGAUUAAUGAGAAUAGACACAUUUGGUGUUUUCCACUGUACAGUGGAUAUUUUUGAUAUAUAUAUAUAUAUAUAUAUAUAUAUUUCUUUUUUUUAUAUAUUGGUUUUAAAGAAAUAACACUAAAAAUCCAGUGAAAAAAGGGCUUCUCAAGCUUCUCCUAAGGAGAUAAACUGUCAGACAAUGCCACGACACAUGAUCAUGGUGGUGGUAUCUCUUAACUUUUACUAAAAAUGUUUAGAAAAAUAUUCAUUAGGACCUUCGGACCUCAAGCACUUUUGUUUCCAAGUCUACAUUCAGACAUUCUGAAUGAAUAAUAUCUGAGAGCUGCUAUCUCUAAAAUCAAAUGAAGGUACCAUUUUUCAUGUUCAUGUCACAUGUAAUGUUUUCCUACCAGUAUUCAACAUGUAUUCUAAAAAGGGAAAAGAUAACAGUACAAAACAAGCCUAGACCAAGUCUGAGCUAACACAAACUCUGGUACUGAUUUCCUGGUUUAUGCAAAACUAAAUGUACAUAUAUUUAUCCAUGUGCAAAAAGGAUUUGAAGGGAAUUGCCAAAAACAUGAUGGUGCCAUAUGACUUCCAUGUUAAAGUACGAUAAAAUUAUUAUUCAUUUAUUCUCUGAGUGAAUCUACAUGAAGCCAAAAGGGACACAAUGUACCAAAACCUACAGUCUCAUUCUCAUGUGUAAUACAUAUAGUGUAUCUUAAGUUUUUAUAGAGAGAGAGAUAUAUAUAUGU